AUGUCUCUCCCUCCCCGGAACCCACACACUCGCAUCAACAGCCUUGGGUCGUUCAUACCCUUUGCCCACGAAGACAGCCAUGGCAGCAGCAGCAGACACGGCAGCGGCUCGUCCCAACGCUCGCCGCCCGCCGGACGACGAUCCUCGCCCUCCGCCGCUAGUCUGACCACACAACAACAUGGCCGGCAUUUCCUAGCCACCAGUCCACAGUACCUGUUCCCCUGGGACUCUGUCGAGGCGCACAGCAUGGAUCUCUUCCACAAAGCGGCCACCCUUGCCCGCGGCGGCGGCCGUGCUCGCAUCCAUAGUGCACCGCUUCGGCCCAGCGAGCACCUGCGCAUCCUCGACCUCGGCACGGGCACGGGGCUCUGGGUAGUCGAGAUGGCCGACCUGUAUGCCGGCCGGUCUGAAGUCUGGGGCGUCGACUUGGCUCCGUUCCAGCCGCAUUUAAUACCAUCCAAUGCCAAGUUCCAGAGCCUUGACAUCGAGUCACAUUGGCUGCUCGGCACCGCCUCGUGGGACCUCAUUCACAUCCGAUGCCUCAAUGGCGUCGUCCGCAAUUGGCCCAGCCUGUACGCCACCGUCCACAGCCACCUCAUCCCGGGCGUCGGCUAUAUCGAGCACGUUGAGAUCGAUUGGACUCCCCGGCCCGCAUUGCCUGGAGGAGCGGGUAGCAGUAGUAUCGGUGGCGGCGGCGGCGGCGGCGGCGGUGGUGGUGGUAGCAGCGGAAGCGGAAACACCCCAUCGUCCCCGUGCCUGGCUGCCUGGGCCAGCCUCCUGCUCAACUGCAUGGACCGCACCGGUCGGCCGCUGCGCGUGGACCCCACCGAGACGCGCUUGGCGCUGCACGAAGCCGGCUUUGUCGAUGUGCGCCAGGACACGUACCAGUUGCCGUUUGGCCGGAGAGAGUCUGCUGGAGCGUCGGCGUCGCGAGUAUCCCCGACUUCGGCAUCCCCGACAAGGACACGGACGUCGCUGCCGUCGUUGUCCUCGCUAUCGUCUCCCUCGUCACAUUCUCGGUCGGUAUUUCCUUUGAGCGACGACGACGACGAGGCAGCGGAAGACGGCACCGACAACGACAACGACAACGACGGCAGCCACGACAGCAGCAGUCCAAGUGGCCGUCGCGGCGGCGGUGUCGAAAAGUGGUUCCCGCGCGCCUUUGACCUCUGGCUCGAGGGCCUGACGCUGAUGCCGCUUCUGCGCGCCGGCUAUGAUUUGGACACCAUCUACCGCCUGAUGGCCGACGUGCGGCGCGAGGUGGCUGAUCCGUCAUGCACCGCAAGUUGUACAAUGUAA